AUGUUCAAUGGGAACCUGGAGGUCGCCCGAGACAAGUUCGAGAUAUCGUAUGUUGACUCCAGCUUCUCGACCGGCGACUAUUUUGAGGAUCGUUUCGAGAUUGGCGGGGCAGUUGUACAGAACUUGACCAUGGGCCUCGGAAUGAAGACCAACAUCCCUUAUGGAUUGGUAGGGGUAGGCUAUACUGUCAACGAGGCAUCACUCUCGACAAUGGGCUGCGAAUAUCCGAACUUGCCCGUUGCCAUGCAGCACGAGGGUCUCAUCAACUCGAUCGCCUACAGUCUCUGGCUCAAUGACUUGGAUGCCAACACUGGCAACAUCUUAUUCGGAGGCGUGGACACGGCAAAAUACACCGGCCCUCUGACCAAAAUCGACGUAUGGAAAGAGGUCGGGGCAGAAUAUCAGAGCGCCUUUGCUAUCGCGGCCACCGACUUCAACUCGACGGAUACCAAAAUCGUCCCUUUCCUGAGCAAAGGAGCUCCAAUACCCUCAGCCACGGCAGCAGGAGACCACAAAGAGUCCGCGGUGCCGCCGUUGCCAACAACGACUGGGCUUAUUGCCGCUGAGGGCUUCCAAGACGGCGAUGAGCUCGAUGACGGCGCAAUGGCGCUCAGCAAGUUUACACUUACUGGGAUUAUCACCGUCGCCAUUUCUACUGCGUUGCUAAGCACAUAG